ACGUGGCACGCGGACUGCCGAACUGAGGAGAAGGAGCGUUUUACAGUAGAAGCAGCGAGCAGCCAGGAAGUCACGGUAGCCCUGCAGAAACAACACCAGCUCAUCUGGACCUGAGACAUGGCCUCAAAUAACGGCUCAGCUGGGAAGUGGGAGGUAGUGAAGAAAGGGAAGAAAAGUAAUUCAGCGGGAGGGAAGACGGAGAAGUCCGGCGGCGGCGGCGGCGGCGGAAGGAAAGCUCUGGGAGAAUCGAAUCAACCGUCCAGAACACCCCUCAAGAUGUCGGAGACUCUCUUUGAAAGUUUGGAGAAAACUGCAAAGAAGAAGAACAAAGAGCAGGUUCCACCAGCAGCUGAUCCUCAGAGCAAGAAACCCUCGUCAAGCAAAACAUCCAAGAAAUCCAACACAAGCAAUACAGUCACGCCUACGAGUUACAGGACUCUGGAAGAAGCCUUCAAAGCUUUGGACGUUGGUGAUCUGAAGCAGCAGUUGGCUCGCAGUCAGUCCCUUUUCCCAGAAAACCCUUCCGUCUGGGUCAAAGACCUCGCAGGAUACCUCAACCUUAAACUGACGGCGCCAGACGUGGAGCCCACACUCAGCAGCUACACUUAUGACUACCCAUACUGCCUUACAGGAAAAGAGCUGAGGGGCGUUAUGAAAGGCCUCAUCGGACGAAGCAGCAAUAUUCUGCCAGAUUUCUUCGACUUCUGUGUCUACACGAUGCUCAGGGAGCUGGACAGACAGCCGGGAGAACCUCUUCACGGAUACAGAGUUUGCAUUCAGGCGAUCCUACAGGACAAACCCAAGAUAGCCACCCAGAACCUGCCAGAGUAUUUGGAGUUGUUGCGGUCCGUUCAGAACCGUCCUGUGAAAUGUUUGACCAUCAUGUGGGCUCUGGGUCAGGCCGGGUUCCACGACCUCAGCCAGGGACUACGAGUGUGGCUGGGCAUCAUGCUUCCUGUGCUGGGAGUCAAGUCCUUGUCUUCAUACGCCAUCGCCUAUCUAGAGAGACUUCUUCUACUUCAUACAAACCUGACAAAGGGAUUUGGCAUCAUGGGUCCUAAAGAGUUUUUCCCUCUGCUUGAUUUUGCCUUCAUGCCCAAGAAUGCCCUGUCACCCAGUUUACAGGAGCAGCUGAGGCGUUUGUAUCCCCGACUGAAGGUCCUGGCCUUCGGAGCCAAACCCGAGAGCACGUUGCACACGUACCUGCCGUCUUUUCUGUCCAGAGCCACGCCGCACUGCCCCGACGAUAUGAAGAGAGAGCUGCUCAGCAGUAUGACGGAGUGUUUAUGUGUGGAUGUUCAGAGUCUUGGAGUGUGGAGGCAGCUUUACACCAAACACUUGCCACAGUCCAGUCUGCUCUUGAACCACUUACUGAACUCAUGGAACUCGCUCCCGCCGAAGGUGCGGAAAAACCUGGAGGAGACGAUCCAGUCUUUUAGAGUGACCAAUGAAGAGAUGAGGGACACGAAUGAGUCUCGAGACCUUCAGGAGUGUAAUACACUGUGUCAGAAUCUUCAGGUGAAGAUGCGUGGUUACGGGUUCCCCUGGUCCAAACUGCUUAUGGUUCUGCUGGUGUUCGCCGCCGGCUUCAUCGCUCAUGACAUCAGAUCUCACGGCUCAGUCGCAGAUUCCACCACAGCCAUGUAUCUGCGCUCCACGGGGAUCACGUCUGUGUCCCAGCAGGCCUGGAGCAAGAUAACGGUCUAUUCAACGCAGGGACUCGGCUGGUUGGAGAAAAACACUCCUCAUUAUUACUCGGAGUGUGUGCGGGUGUUGGGGCCGCUCCUGGAGCAAGGUGCAGAAAAGACUAAAGCAGCGGCAGUCUUCAUGUCUGAAAAUACCACAAAGUUUAUCCUCUGGGUUAAAGAAACAACACCUCUGCUUAUAGAAUGGGUGAACACCAACACUCCGGAGAGUGUGUUCCAGGUGUUGGCUUAUUUAAAAGAGCUCCUCAUCUUCAUCCAUCACAACUAUAUCCUACCAGCUGUGACGCACAUAUCCGAGCUGCUACACCAAGCAUGGACCAACCUGCAGGACUCCUGCAACGGGGAGGUGUCGGUGUCGUGUCUUCAGGGCCACGCCGUGGCCUUCACAAACUCAACGUGGCAGCUGCUCCAGCACACGACUUCGGCCAUCAAAACGUGGGCUCAGGAGCUGCUGACGCGAGCUGGAUAACACAACACACACUGACUCGGUCACACAUGCAAUAUAAUACACACAGUGUGUGUGCAGGUAGAUGCUGUACAUACACACUCUGGCCCAAUGGGAGGCUGCCUUUCAGUGUGAGGGCUCCUCUGAAGCAUGAUUGGUCACGGGUCAGAUUAAAGCAAACUUCAAAUGGACUUCUUUGUUAUUUUUUUCUUUUGCUAAUUUUUAUUAAUCAGUUUGCUGUUGUAUAGAUGUUUCUACCGAUCUUCGUCCCUGCUGGAUGUGGAGGUCUAAUUUUCUCUCCUUGAUUUUUUUACAGCAGGUUUCAGGGGUUUAUUUAGCAGUAUGGUAAUGUAAUUUAUAGAAAAUUCAGGUUUGUAGAUUUAUAACCCGAUUUUUAUUUAAAGAUAGUUAAAAUAAUAAAAAAAAACUCUUUGUAAAGAACAAGGAAGAGAAAACAACUGAGCCACUGAAGACCUCCAUCAUCAGGACCACUUUGUCUCACUCAGCUUUCACCAACCUCAAACCCGUCACCAGGAACCAUCUCAUCUUGGAAGAUUAACCAAGAUCAAAUAAACUCUGUAUUUUUCCCCCUGUCUUUUGCUUUUAUUUGGUUCUUUCAUUUCUGAUGUCUGAGCUACAGGAAGUGAUUUAUGUCAGAAUUGAUCAUAUUCAGCUCUGUUCAUCUUUCACCCAACCAGCUGAUUCACUAACAGCUCUUUGAUGGAUUAGGCAGCAUCAAAUGUCUUAAUUUGUAAUGUAAAUCAUUUAUAAUAAAGACAUAAAUCCCA